AUGUCUAAAAUCACAGUCGCCGGAGUGCGUAACAACGUCCAGCAGCUCCUGGACUACUCUCACAACGAGAAGAAGAGAAACUUCGUUGAGACCGUCGAGCUCCAGAUCGGCUUGAAGAACUAUGACCCUCAACGUGACAAGCGUUUCUCCGGCACUAUCAAGCUGCCAACCAUUCCUCGCCCAAGAAUGAGCAUCUGUGUUCUCGGUGACCAGCACGAUAUCGAUCGUGCUAAGCAUCUCGGUGUCGAUGCCAUGUCCUCUGACGACUUGAAGAAACUCAACAAGAACAAGAAGCUCAUCAAGAAGCUUGCUCGCAAGUACGAUGCUUUCCUUGCUUCCGACGCCCUUGUCCGACAGAUUCCUCGUCUCUUGGGUCCCGGUCUCUCCAAGGCUGGUAAAUUCCCCACUCCCGUCUCCCACAACGAGGAUCUCAACAACAAGAUGAACGACGUCAAGUCUACCAUCAAGUUCCAGCUUAAGAAGGAACUUUGCUUGGGUGUUGCUAUCGGCAACGUUGGUAUGACUGAGGAUGAGCUCAUUGCUAACAUCAUGUUGGCUAUCAACUACCUCGUCUCCCUGCUCAAGAAAGGCUGGCAGAACGUUGGAAGUCUUACUAUCAAGGCUUCCAUGUCCCCACCAAAGAGAGUGUACUAA